UUUCAAGGCCAACUCUCUAUUUCCGCGCAUUCAAGAAGUGACGCUUCUUGGGUCUUUCAUUUUAUCGCGCAGUGUGGGUGUAGAUUUCUACUGAUCAUUUGGUACUCCUUAAUCAAAGUGCGCAUUUGGUUUUAAAGUCGUAUUGUUGUUUUGCUUUUUAAUUCGCGCCAUUUUUCAGGACACUGAUGAUUUCAUAAAAUUCACGCAGUGAUCACUGCUUUGAAAAUACUGGUUUGUACAUAAGGUGACCAUGUGAUCUUCUGCUUCCAUAUUUUGCAACAACCACAAAGUUCUGGUGCACUUGUUACCAUUUAUUUAUGUGCUUGGAUAAGCCUAAACAGCUUUUCUGUAACUUCGAACCACGGCCUAAAUAUUUAUUACAGUCACCACAAAAAUAGGGAAGCCGAUUUUAAGAUUUUAUUAUGAAUAGAGUCUUUGUUUUGUUUGAACACCUUUGGCUUUUUUUACAGCGGUUUCAGUGGUUCUCGUCCGGAUAUAUAAGCCUAUAUAAUUGUAGAAAUAUUUUGCGUCCGAGUAAGUCUGAGAUUUUGGUUACUCCUUCGGGGUUUUUAACUUCAGUCGUAUUAGAUCGUACGUAUAUGUCUUGAGAGAAUUUUCAGAAUUAUCCCUUAUCUAAGUGCCUCACGUUUAGUUCUACUUUAACAAUUCCUUGUGAAGUUUGACCUGUCAUUGAUCUGUAACUAACCAAUAUGAAAACAGAUUUAUGUAAUAGUAAUAGGUUUUAAAUACGAACUUCAGUUGGGAUUGACUUUGAAGUGCAUUCCAAUAUCUAGAGCUGAGUAUAUCACUCCUGGUCAUAUCCAGUGUUCUCGAUCAGUGUUUGCUACUCUUUUAGAGCUUGAGCAAAAAGGAAUACUUUGAAGAAUUUUAUGGGUAAAUAUUCCGAGGUAAUAUACGAAUGCUAAUGUGCAAAACCGAAGUAAUUUCAGAUUUUUUGUUGGUGUAUUCCUAGGUUAUAUAAAGGCUCCACAUCAAAUAAAGUGAAAAUGCUCAACCGUCAUCCGAGUUUUAGUCAUUUUGUUGCAUAAAAAUCCUUUCAUUUAAAUUUAAGGCGUAUGUCUGUCGUGUGUGCUUUAUGGGCAGAAUAAAGAUCACUACACAUCGGAUAUCGUACGUGGUAAAUCCUUUGAAUCUCUGGUAGAGUGAUGUACAUUUCGAAAGUAAACACUACUUGAAGUGAUGAUAGUUUUACCGUAGAGAACCUGUAUGAAAUUUUUGCUAUCCUUAAUUACUUAUUAGUAUACUUCAAAUGCUACUAGUUAUUUAGCCUUUUGAAUCGGAAAACUUCUUAACGUUUUGGCGAACACCGUGACGUUUUAAUCUGUUUUGUACAUAUGAUAAUUCAAAAUCCAUCUCCGGUUAUUCAAUGAUAACGCAUUUGAUUCGGACACGAUCUACCCAUACCUAAUAUUUAUUUAAACUUCCCCUAUAUUGUUUUGUGAGCCUUUCCUUUUUCUUAAAAUCCUCGUAAGCUUUUCAAUUUUAUUAUAAUCUCGUGGGUUUUUAUGGAAUAGGGUGUGCUAGUCUUCUACCGAAUUUAUUCACUUUCCAUAUCGUUUCUCGUCUUGAACUGUGUACAUGGCACCAUAAUUCAAAAGGACGUUUCAGUACACAAAAGUUCAUAGACAUCGAUUUAUCCUGUAUAUGCACCAACUCUAUAUGUUAUAUUUUAAGCUGUAAAAGUUUUCGUACCCAUUAUUUUGUGGUCUUUAUAUUUUAUUUGUAAUUCAAUAUAUUUUUUUAUGAAACAUUUUGGUUUGUGGGUUUUAAAGCUGAUAUUCUUUUUUCCUAUUAACGUUUGAAAAUGGUUAUCUCCUGUUAAAUGAGAUUUAUAUACAAUCUCUUUGUUUAUCCUGAUAUUUGUUGUUUUCCACCAUCCCACAAGUGGUUGUUUUACAAUUAAUUGGAGCUUUCAUGAGUUCAGUGGCUAUACAGAAAUGACUUUCUGCCUUUUAAUUUUCCGCUUAACCUAGGGUUAUGUAUCAGUAGUGAUGUGAUUUCGAACAUGUUAUUUUCUCUUGUCCGUCUCUGCGUCGUGUGGUAUCUUGACUAACUUUUGAAUAGUUAACUGAACAAACAUUACUUGUGUAGUUUUACUGUCAUAUCGCAAAUUGUUUCAUCCUUUUUUCACCAAAUUGAGGUUUCUCAUCGUUUUGCUCUGGGUUUUGUGUUCUCUUUGAUUAAUGUAGUUGGAUGUACCUCCUAGCCUCCCACCUAAAAGUUAAAUACUUGUAUAUCGGACUUAUUUGUCCGUAUCUUAGAAUUCAACGUAAUUAGUUGUUAGAUGAUCCUUAUUUCAUUUCUCGAUUAAUUGUUUACAUGACAGAUAAUCUGUAGUCUUGUUAUCUCAAGUGACUUCUUUAUUUUAAGCGAUAGGUUUAUUUUUCUAGCAAUGUACAAUUAAAUAGUUCUGUUUCUGAUAUUCAUUCGUUUAACUUUUGACCCUUGAUUUCAUGUAGAUUUACAUAUCUACUCACUUUACUCAACUAUCAGUUAACUAUCAUUCAUAUUGGUGUUGAAUGGGAUAAAUAGGUGUUUCUUGUCUUUUUUAAGUAACGUGCUUUUGUUUCUGUCUUUCAUUCAAAAGUCAGCCAUAAGAGAUGUGCUGUCUAUAUUACUAUGAAAACUAGGAUAGUAGAAGAAAAUGGAAGCAAAAUGUAGAAGUAUCAGUCAGAAGACAAAAGAUGAUUCUAUUACCUUUAUAGUAAAUAAAUAUCUUUUCCUUGGAAGUAAUCCUGUCUACUCAGUACACUAAAAUACGCCAAUGAAACUCAACACUUUGUUAAAGGGUUAAACUAAGUCUGUUGGAUAGUUUGUAACUAAAUAUUGUCAGCUUACUAGAGACUAUUAGUUAGUGUCAAUAAUACUGGAUUUUUACAUGUUUCACCUUUGUAAUCUAUUUCUACUUGGAUUAUUGUAGUACCUGAAAACCCUAUGGGUGCUGAUUUUUUUUUCAGGCUUCCUACAUGGAUAAAAAACUGGCUGAAUCUAUUGAAGAAUGGAUGAAGCAUGACAAGAAUGAAAACACUCGCUCACAAAUCAAGUUACUGAAAGAUAAAGAAGCGUGGGAUGAGUUACGAAAGUUAUUGCUAGAAAGAAUGGCAUUUGGGACUGCUGGAUUACGAGCAAGAAUGGGACCAGGAUAUUCUCAGAUGAAUGACCUAACAAUUAUACAAACAACUCAGGGUUUACUUAAGUAUUCGCUAAAAACAUUCUCAGGUCUCAAGUCAGAUGGAAUUAUAGUUGGUUAUGAUGCUCGACAUAAUAGCAAAAAAUGGGCGCUUAUUGUCGCUAAUAUAUUUAUUAAUGCGGGCUGUAAAGUGUACUUGUUCAAAGAUACAUUCCCAACUCCUAUGGUCGCAUUUGGUGUUAGGCUUUUCAAAACAGCCUUGGGUGUUAUGAUUACUGCAUCACACAAUCCGAAAGAUGACAAUGGUUACAAAGUUUACUGGUCGAAUGGAUGUCAGAUAAUCAGUCCCCAUGACAGUGGUAUAUCAAGUUGCAUCCUUGAAAGCUUGGUACCUUUGGAAACUUCAUGGAACAUAGAUAAUAUUGAGGCGAAUCCUCUCUGCUUAGAUCCAAUGCCUAGGCUUUUGAAAACUUACUGUCGACUACAGAAGAGUAGACUUUGUUUUACAGAAUCUGAAAAUAUAAAAUGCAAAACCCCUUUUGUGUAUACGCCUAUGCAUGGUGUAGGUUGGGAAGCAGUUAAAGCACUAGUUUCGUGUUUUGGGUUUCCUCCACUUGAACCAGUUCCUGAACAGAUAAUGCCUGAUCCAGACUUUCCAACCGUUGACUAUCCAAAUCCAGAAGAAGGUCGUUCUGCACUCAAUUUAGGUAUUAAACAUGCGGAAUCUAUUAAAAGUACCAUCAUUUUUGCCAAUGAUCCAGACGCUGAUAGACUAGCAGUUGCUGAAAAACAAACAUCUGGUCAAUGGAAAAUUUUCAGUGGCAAUGAACUUGGAGCUUUAUUUGGUUGGUGGUUAUCUUUGCAGUGGAAAAUACACAAUCCUCAAGUAAAACCUUCCAGUGUUGCUGUAUUAUCUAGUACUGUGUCUUCUAAAAUAUUAAAAACUAUUGCCGAACAAGAAGGGUUUCGAUUUGAGGAAACUUUAACUGGUUUCAAAUGGUUGGGUAAUCGAUCCUGUGAGCUUGAGUCGCAAAAUAUUAAAACAAUUUUCGCUUUCGAAGAAGCUAUAGGUUUUAUGUGCGGUGAUGUUGUCUGGGAUAAAGACGGUGUUGGGGCUUUAGCAGUUAUGGCUGAACUCACUUCUUAUGUUUAUCAUAAAGGAAAACUAUUAUCUGAUCAAUUAAUAGAGAUUUAUAACAUUUAUGGUCAACAUAUUUCCAAUAAUGGUUAUUACUUUUGUCAUGAACCGGAGAAAAUUGUUAAAAUGUUCAGUCGCAUACGUAAUUGGCCUAAUGAACCUGGUCCUAAAGGCUAUCCUCAAAAACUUGGUCGAUUUCAAAUAACUGGUAUACGGGAUUUAACAGUUGGUUAUGAUGAUCAUUAUCCAGACUUAAAACCGGUAUUACCUGUUAGUAAGUCAAGUCAGUUGAUUACUUUCGAUUUCUCAAAUGGUGUGACACUAACGCUUCGUACAAGUGGAACUGAACCAAAAAUUAAAUAUUAUUCUGAAUUGAGGUCGAAACCUGGAAGCGAGUAAGUGAUUUCAUUUUUCUAACAUUAUCGUUUCUUAGUAUAAAAUCCCUCAGUAAUCCAUACUUCCAGCAUAUUUUGAUAUCAUGUUUAUUAUUUUUAAGACUCGUGGAGAACAUCUUAAUGAUUUGCAAUACAGUAGUAAUAACACCUUCAAUAGUAGUCAACUUGAUCAUUGAAUUGUUUCGUUGUACGUGUCACAACUUUCUAUUAGAUUCUAACUUGUAACGACUAACUGACACUACGUCUACCAUGGGACUUAGUUAUCUUAAAUAUAGUUUCAGAAUUGAUUUUGAGUAGUCUUUGAUGUUGGUUUUUGCACUACUCCUCAACAGAUACCCAGUUUUUCAUGUUUUUAGACAAUUUUUAAUUUAUGCAUCAUCUUAUGGAAAAUAUUUUCGAAUCAGUCAGUGUUUUCAAAGUAAUGUGCCACAUUGUUUGUUUCUUUUUGUUAUAUGUAUCUACUUUUUUAUAUACUUAUUGUUAUUAGGAUGAUGUAAUUAUGUCAUCUAUUUUACAGUAAUACACUGUAACACGGUAAAAGUAGGGAAAAUAACGAAACUAACAGGAAAGAAAAUAAUAACAAUAGAAAACAAUUUAUGACAGAAAAUAAAACAUUUUUGAAAAGCUUAUUCGUUUGAUGAGAAUGGAUGUGUUAUUACGAUUGAUCCUUAGUCAUUUCGUUUUUUAAAGGCACUCCUCGUCCCCCUAACUAAAUAUUAUUGGUUGAUGUCUGAAAGAUCCAUGAUAAAUGGACUUUUUCAGUUUUCGACCUGAUUUCACUCAGCUUUCAUAAAAAUCACUUGAACAUUGCAAUGUUUUGUUCUAAUCACUGUGAUACUGUCAUUGUAAUUCCUAUAGCUAAACCAACAAGUAUAGAGAUUUAGGAAAUGAAAAUCAUCACUUUUGUUGAAAAAUAAUGUACUUAAACUUUUUUCUGAUAGAUAUAUUUCAACUGUUCAACAAACUUGCCAUGAUCCCUUUCAAUAAAAAAUAUGCUGUUUUUAUUGACUCUUGAGUAUACUAAAAUCAAAUAACAGGAGAUAAUUACCUGUGACAUAGAAGAUGGUUCUCGAUAAUUUUUUAUGUCACAAAGUGGAAGUCCAAUUUUUUUUACAUUUAGAAUUUUAGUUAGUCUAUAGGAAUGGUGUUUUUCUCAUCCAAGAUUAUGCAGUGAAUUCAUCAAAUCUGGAAAUAUUUCUCCCUAUGGAUUUAGACUAGCCGAGAAUGAAUUAAAAGCAAGGUGUAUCACUUCAGUAAAUACUUAUCAUAUGGCUCGUGACGAAUAUUCUGAAAUUGUAGUGUAAAAUAGUAGUAGUAGUAGUUUACUUAUUGACUACUCUAUUGGAUGAGGAUCAUAUCCUAUUGCAAAUUAAUGAAGAUUAGAAAUAUAGGUCACUGGAUUCUACUUCAAAUAUGAUACUUAGAUCGACACUUCAAUAUCCUAUAUUCAUUCUCAAGUGAGCUCCCAGAUGUGUACUGAUGUGGAGUAGUUACAGAUUAGAACGAAAUAACUAUCGAGUACAUUCUAGUUUUCAAUGAUCCUUUAAUUUAUAUUAAUUUGUAGUACAAAUUACCUUCAUUUUGUAGAAAAGUUUUAUGAAACCACUUUAGUAAAUGAUAUUUGUUUAUUUAUGAGGAAAUAAUGUUAAUGUGUAACUCUUCUCCAAGAUUAUUAGUAUCUUCAUAUGAAGAUAUUUCUCUUUUUUUUCUUUAACACACUCCUACUUCUCGACUUGUUGAUAUAAGCUGUGAAAACUUAUACCAAUUUACAUUCAUCAAAGAUAUCUGAAUAAUUGACUAUUUUACGUUUAUUAAUCAGUUAAGUUCAUAUCAUUCUAUUUGUUUCAUACAUUCAACUGCAAAGUUUUAUUCAAAGAUAUGAAGUAAUCUAAUGAAUUUUUUAUUAUUCACAUGUGAAAUUUAAUUUAAUUAACUAAAUAGUUUGAUUAAAAGAAAAUUGUUUAUUACUAAUUAUAUACGUGACCAUUUAUUGUUUAGGUUAAAAUCUAUUGUGUUAUAUAUUAGUUUAGAUGAACCCUUUCUAUUCUUACAUAAAUGAUUAUUUCUAAUUUAUCUAUUUAAUGUAAUUCAUGUAUUAACACAGAUUAUAGAUGAAACGUUAAUUAUAAUUCACAACAACAACAACAACAACAAAUAUCAUACACAUCAAGAAAUAUUAAUGUUAAGAAUUCUAUCUCACUAUAUUCAAUUCAUGUAAAUUUAUCUAACUGUAAAACUAAUUAAUUUGACUUGAAUUUCUUAGCAAUAACCAAAUAUUUUUUUAAAAUUCAAUGUUAAGAAAAAUAAGCGGUAAGACUAUAAUUUAUGGACAAUCUUUGAGCGACGCUAGACUGACUUUGAAACCGUUCAUCUAAUAACUAGGACCAAAUAAGGGUUAUAAAUCUGCAUGAGGAAUUUGAAUUUUGAUUUACAGUUGAUGGUUAAGGUUAGUAAUUAUAUUUAGAGGUUUUCAUCACAAACUGACAUCAGCUAUAAUGUCAAAUUGGUAUUUAACCAAAUGGGUGGGUUAACUCUGUGUUGAAUGAUUGAUGUAAUAAAAAUUCAAAUGAGAAAUAAGUUAGAUGAAUUUAUUUUAGACAUUCGUUUACUCAGACAGAUACGUAGGUAAGAAGCGAAGCGGAAAAUCCAAGCAUACCGACUUGAUUUGACAAAGCAUAACUCAAUAUUUAUAGUCAGAUAGAAAAAUCAGAUAUGUGAUGAAUUGAACAAGCGAUACAUACAUAUACAAUCAUAUAAAAAUGGUCAAAGUUAGAAUGGGAUAGAUGACAAAAUCAAGUAUAAAUGCUGACUCAAAAAGUAUAAAUCAAUUAAUCUGCUCAAAAGCCGAAAUAAUCCAUGUAGGUGUGACAGCACUAGAAGUUGUAGUCUUUUAAUAUUAGUUGAUACUUCUCACUGAUGUCUCACGAAUAUAAAAUCAGUGCAUGCUGAACACCAUCUACUCUCUAGUGUAUAUUAAAAAGAAUUUAUGUUGAAUCCAUUGUAAAUUUCAUCAAUAUACUAAUUGCGUCUAUUUGGUUUUCUUUUUUUUUUAACCAAAACAAAAAUCAAUGAAUUCCAGAGCAUCUGUGGAAUCUUUAACAAAUGAACUUCAAGAACUUAUGAAUAAAAUGAUUGAAGAAUUUUAUGAACCUGAAAAAAAUGGUUUCCUUCCUCGUGUGGAUUAAAUUGACGUUGUUAUUUACUUAUUUGUUUUGGUUGUUUAUUAGUUUAAAGGAAAGAAAAUCAUGCUUUGUUUUUUUUGUUGUUGUUCUAUGUACUUUUAUUUGUUCACUCUUUGUUACUGACCUUUUUAUCUAUUUUGUUUAUUUAUUUAUUAGUUCACUAAUUUAAUAAAUUUUGAAUGAUAUUUUCUGUUAAUUUGUAGCUUUGAUUUUCAAUUUCAUUUUGAUGAACAGAAAAAUAAAGUGUUUUAAUUAUUUGUUAUUGUGGUUUAAUGUUAAUUAUUUCUGUUAUAUAUGACUGAAUCUACUGGUAUCUGUUGUUAUCUCAGUUGUUAACACAAAUAAUUGGAUAACUUUGCCUAUCUAAUAAUGUCAAGAUUCUAAUUGGAAUGGUAAAUAAUGGGAUUGGGAAUGUGCGAAAUUUCUGAUCUACUGGUGAGGAAUGUAUAUGUAUCGUAAUUAUCUUUGAUAUUCUCAAUCUAUUCCAUACUCAAUCUUUCUUAAUUCAAACAUAAUUUAUAUACAUUCGAUUUUCAGUAACACCUGUUACUGACAAAUAUUUAUUGAUAGUAUAUCUAUUUCACUGAUGAUUUAUAUAU